GGGCGGCCGGCCGGCCGGGGCUUCCCGGCUAGGUGCUCGGCCUCUCGGCCGGGGCUGGCUGCGGGGAGCCGAGCGGGGCCGGCAUGGUGCAGCAGGAGAGCCUCCAGGCGCCGGGGGUGGCGGCGGCGGAGCCCGGCGGGGACGAGCACGGGCAGGGGUCCGCCGGCGAGGUGCGGGUGUCCCGGCGGCGCUGGGCCGUGCUGCUGCUCUUCAGCAGCUACUCGCUGUGUAACGCCUUCCAGUGGAUCCAGUACGGCAGCAUCAACAACGUCUUCAUGCGCUUCUACGGCGUGAGCGCCUUCGCCAUCGACUGGCUGUCCAUGAGCUACAUGCUCACCUACAUCCCGCUGCUCUUCCCCGUCGCCUGGCUGCUGGACAAGAGGGGUCUGCGCCUCAUCGCCCUCACCGGCUCGGCCCUCAACGCCCUGGGCGCCUGGGUGAAGCUGGGCAGCCUGCGGCCGCACCUCUUCCCCGUCACGGUGCUGGGGCAGGUCAUCUGCUCCCUGGCGCAGGUCUUCAUCCUGGGCAUGCCCUCGUACAUCGCCUCCGUCUGGUUCGGCUCGCGCGAGGUCUCCACCGCCUGCUCCAUCGCUGUCUUUGGGAACCAGCUUGGCAUUGCUCUGGGCUUUCUGGUCCCUCCUGUUCUGGUUCCCAAUGUGGAAGAUGUGGAGAAACUGGCCUACCAUAUAAGCAUCAUGUUCUUCAUGACAGCAGGCGUGGCAACAGCCCUCUUCAUCCUGGUCGUCAUAGUCUUCAAGGAGAAGCCCCCAUACCCUCCGAGCCAAGCUCAGGCCUUGAUCCAGUCACGACCGACAGUGGAAUAUUCCUACGUGCAAUCAAUCCUUCGUCUGCUCCGCAACGCCAACUUUGUGCUGCUUAUGGUCACGUACGGUCUGAAUACAGGUUGCUUCUACUCCCUGUCCACUCUGCUGAACCGCAUGGUGAUCCAUCACUACCCAGGGAAGGAGGUGAAUGCUGGCAGGAUCGGACUCACCAUUGUACUGUCGGGGAUGGCUGGGGCUCUGCUCUCUGGCCUCUGGUUGGACAGAACCAAAACCUACAAACAGACGACGCUAGUGGUCUAUAUCAUGUCUCUGGUGGGAAUGAUAGUCUACACCUUCACUCUGAGUCUAGGCCACCUCUGGGUGGUCUUUGUGACUGCAGGUGUGCUGGGAUUUUUCAUGACAGGGUACCUUCCCCUGGGCUUUGAGUUUGCUGCAGAGUUGACAUACCCAGAAUCAGAGGGAACAUCAUCAGGACUCCUUAAUGUCUCAGCACAGAUCUUUGGUAUCGCCUUCACCAUCAGCCAAGGGCAGAUCAUGGAUCACUACGGGACAAAGGCAGGAAACCUCUUUCUUUGUUCCUUCCUGCUCCUGGGGACCAUUAUGACAGCAUUCAUUAAGGCUGAUCUCCAAAGACAGCAGGCCAAUGCGGAAAGUGAACGUACAAAAGUGAUGCCAGAAGCCUGCGCUCUUCCCACAGUCCUCAAGGAAUCAAAGCUGUAAAAAAGAGGGGUGGCAGAGCUGGGAGAUGGAGGACCUGCCUCCCCCCGCCCUCAUUCCCACCGUUGCUACCUACACCAUCCUCCUGUUACAUGUCAAUUCUGGUGGGGGGCUGCUGAGAACUGCUCCUAGGCCUUAAGAGUGAAACGAGAAGAGAGUUGCUCUCGUCAGUUAGACCUCUGCGUCUUGCUGUUCUGGAGACUGUGCUAAGAGGAGAAGUCAGGAAAAGCCCCUGCUGCCCCCACUGCGUAGACUUGGAAGAAAAGCACACGUGCUCAGAAAAGCCUGGUCGUGUGAGGGUGGCACCUCGUAGGUGGUCUCCUCUCGCAGGGAAGGUGUGACCUGAAACGCAGGUGCUGGACCACGCUUACUUUGUGAGUAACCCUGAGGGAGUUGCGAUCCCUCUGAGGAAGAGGGAUUCCUCGGAGUGCCUGCGCUCUUUUGUAUCUUGCACAGGUGAUGAUAGAGCCCUCAGCACAUCACCAGCCACUGCAAAGCAGCGCAGCUGCUGCUGCCAGCACCAGUUUUUGUAUCUGCCUGAGGAUAAACCUCCACUAAGAAUUUAAGUUGCUCUGACAUUCCUAUGUAGGAGGAGUAAUCGAGAGAUACCAAUGUGCCUCCUGUUGGAGGCAAGGUCUAGUUCGGUAGCAGAUGUUGAAGCUACAGCCUGAGCCCAGCUCACCACUGCGCUAGCAACAGGACAGUCAGACCACAAGCUCCCCAGGCUGAGGAUCACGUCUUCCUCCUUAAUGACAAAGUGCCUUUUGCAGCUUUUGACACUACGGAGGAGUCUGGGGAGUACAAUUCUGAGCUAACCAGCCAGGGCUGCGUUGCCCUGCAUUGCUCUGGGGAGGUGUUUUGAGCAUGAUGGGAACGAAAAGGUGCUGUAGUGUGGAAACUUCUCCCUUGUAACGGAGAACAGGAGGAGAGGGUGGGGGUUGAAGCCCUCUCACCAGCAUUUGUGUCUUGUAGACACUGCCCCUCUGUAUGCUGCUGUUUAGCUUCCACUCACAAAGGGAAAGAGACCCAUGUAUCCCUUUGCCUUCCUUUCCAGCAUCCAUCCCCUGGUGGGAGACAUCAAGUGUCCUUAUACUUAGAGCAUGCAGUGAUGUACAUACCAUUUUGGAAUAACAACAAAAAAAAACAAAACACAAAUAUGGAAUAGAUAAAAAUAGCCUUCUCUAACAUAGUUUCUAACGUUUUUUAAGUGAAAAUGUGCAGUCUUUUGACCAAAAUAAAAGUCCUUUCUUUGAUAGUUGGGGACUGAGCAGGGAUGGGGUCUAAAAUGGCUUUUAAAUAUAAAUUUUAUAUUAAAAAACACUAAGUGUACAAUGAAAGGUGACAAUUUCAUAUUAAAUACUUGAAACUGUCUACAGGUGCUUUUUGUUUAAUAGUCUGAAAUAUUCUGCAGAAUAAUCCUUUUUCUGCCUACUGCUACUGUUGUGCAAUUUUUCUCUUUUUUUCCCUUUCCUUUUCUCUUUUUUUCCCUUUCCCUUUCUUCUUCACAUGCACAGGCUUCCCAGCUAGCAGCUCCUGCUGGUUCCAUCCUGCCUUCUGUGCACUGCCCAUCUGUUGUGGGCAUUAUUUCAUCUAGGUCUAAGCAACCUGUUCCUGUUUUCUGUCCGUUGUAGCUGUAGCUCAUUGCAAAGGCAGCUCAGUCCUUGCUCACAGAUGCAUGGGGUUUGCUGUCACUUGUAUGCUGCAGAAGCAAGAGCUACAACCUGUGUGUGUGUGUGUGACAGGGAGAGAGAUCAGUCAGACCUGGAGCUUU